AUGCGGUUUGCUCUUGCGGCCUUGGGCCUGUUGUCGUCCACGGUGUUGGUGACAGCCCAGACAUUCACUGACUGCAACCCGACCCAAAAAUCGUGCCCCGCUGAUCCCGCAUUUGGGCAGUCUGACAAGACUUUCGACUUCACAAGUGGUGCCUCAAACGCCUUCAAGUCGACAGGGCCCGUCACAUAUGACGAGACAAAUGGUGCAACUUUUACGAUCUCCAAACAGGGAGAUGGCCCACUGAUCCAGUCCGGCUGGUACAUCAUGUUCGGCCGUGUGGAGUUCACUAUCAAAGUCGCCUCAGGAACCGGUAUCGUGAGCAGCGCAGUUCUGCAGUCCGAUGAUUUGGAUGAAAUUGACUGGGAAUGGCUUGGCGGCAAGAGCACCGAGGUGCAGUCCAACUAUUUUGGCAAAGGAGAUACUAGCUCCUACAACCGUGGCGCUUUCCACUCCAACCCAGGCAACCAAGACAGCUUUCACACCUACUCCAUUGACUGGACAAGCAGCCAGAUUGUAUGGGCAAUCAAUGGCGAGACUGUUCGGGCCAUCACUCCUGAGUCGGCAGACGCAAACCAGUACCCUCAGACUCCGAUGAUGGUCAAGGUCGGCGUGUGGGCUGGUGGUGACUCGAACAACGCACAGGGUACCAUUGACUGGGCUGGUGGCCAAACGGAUUACAGCCAGGGUCCCUUCAAAAUGUAUCUGAAAAAGAUGACUGUGACCGACUACUCCACUGGAACUUCAUACAAAUACGGUGACACGAGUGGUUCAUGGGAGUCCAUCAUCUCUGAAGGAGGCAAGAUCAAUGGCAACAGUGAUGCGGAGCCCUCGUCUACUCAGUCCGCACCCAGCAUCACCGCUACUGCUGACGGUGCCCCAGUUCCUUGGAGCGGAACACACAAAGAGACCUCGAGCUGGGUCACCCCUAAUGUCUGGCCUUGGGUGGCUAGCGACUCUCCUACUGCCUCGUCAACGGGCUACCAGUAUGACUGGGAGUCGCGCUCCAGUCGCAUCCAGGCACCAAGCGGCACCACCAGUGAGAAUUCCCACACACCUGUCAGCCCUGUUUUGCAAUCAACCACUAAGACCGCAUCAUUCUCUCCACAGUCUACCUUCCGCUUUACAUUUGCACUCUCGCGUUCUUCUUUGGUUGCCUUUUCCCGCUCUGGCAUUGAGACUAUUCAGAGAAACACCACUCGAAUAGUCACGAAAACCAGCACUUCCACUAAAUCGAAAUUUACUAUGACUACCACCGACAAGCCAACUGGCAACUUUGCUGCUAAUCCCACGGCCACGGCCACGGCUUCUGGUCCUCGUGCUACACCAACGAUGAGUAGUACGAGUGCCCGAUCCAAGAUUCCGGUCUUUGCUGGUGUCUUUUGUGCCCUGUUUAUUGGUGUUAUUCCAUUGCUUUGA